AUGGGUAUUCCGGCUGCGUUUCGAUGGCUUUCAAGCAAGUAUCCAAAGAUCAUCUCACCAGUGGUCGAAGACCAGCCAGUAGUGAUGCCAGAUGGCUCAGUUUUGCCUGUUGACACGACGAGGCGAAACCCGAACGGAGAGGAAUUUGAUAACCUAUAUCUUGAUAUGAAUGGCAUUGUCCACCCUUGUGCGCAUCCUGAGGAUAAGCCAGCCCCCCAAGAUGAGGAGGCAAUGAUGCUCGAAAUCUUCAACUAUACCGACCGUGUAGUAAACAUGGUCAGGCCUCGAAAGCUUCUCAUGAUAGCCGUCGACGGCGUUGCGCCUCGUGCAAAAAUGAAUCAACAACGAUCCCGGCGAUUUCGAUCGGCACAAGAGGCGAAGGAAAAAGAAGAAAAUAAAGUCGAAUUCCUAAAACUUAUCAAGAAACAGAAUGGUGGGCUCCUGCCGCCAGAACAUACUGGACAGGCGAAGAAGGCAUUCGAUAACAAUUCCAUAACACCAGGGACACCAUUCAUGGAUAUUCUAGCCACCAGCCUGCGUUAUUGGUGCAGAUAUAAACUAAACACCGAUCCAGCCUGGGCCAAGAUGAAAAUUCUCAUUUCCGAUGCCACAGUUCCUGGUGAGGGUGAACAUAAGAUCAUGAGUUUCAUCCGAUCGCAAAGGGCGAGCCCUGACUAUGACCCAAAUACUCGGCAUGUUAUUUAUGGCCUUGAUGCUGAUCUCAUCAUGCUGGGUCUGGCGACACAUGAACCUCACUUCCGAGUUCUCCGAGAGGAUGUCUUCUUUCAAGACGGAAAAAGCAAAAUGUGCCAGCUCUGCGGACAAAAGGGGCAUGAGGCCCGGAAUUGUCGCGGCGAAGCAAAGGAAGAGAAGGCUGACACCGAUGCCACUUCCAGUAAUUUAACACCAAAACCAUUUAUCUGGUUACAUGUCUCAAUUUUGCGAGAGUAUCUUGCGGUGGAAUUGGCCGUUCCAGGACUGCCUUUUCGAUUUGACUUGGAGAGAGCAAUCGAUGAUUGGGUUUUCUUGUGUUGCUUCGUGGGAAAUGAUUUUUUGCCUCAUCUACCCGCAUUGGAAAUUCGGGAGCAUGGUAUUGACACGCUGACGACUAUUUGGAGGACUAAUCUGCCCACAAUGGGAGGUUAUGUGACGAAAGACGGUCACAUAGACCUUGAGAAAGCUCAACGCAUUCUGGAUAGCCUAUCAAAACAAGAAGACGCUAUCUUUAGACGUCGAAAGGAACAGGAAGAACGUCGAGAGGCAAAUGCAAAGCGAAGAAAGUUACAACAUGAGAAUCGACCUCAGGGAGCUAUUUGUCGGGCGAAUGGUGACGAUUACAAAGUUGGCUACCAAAACCCAUCUCAAGGCCUGUCACUUCAUCCAAUCGCGAAGUUCCCAAAGGCGCCACCUCGGGCUAUUACUCACGAUAUGGUCGUCAAUAGAACCAGCGCUCAAAGCGCAAAUGUUGCAAAUAGAAGCGCUGCAAGUGCUAUAAAAGAGCAGCUACGAACUGGCAGCGACACAGAGCGUGGCGGCGAUAUGGUACCAGCACUCCUCGGGAAGCGGAAAGCAGAAGACGAUUUGGUUAUUACAACAGAAGUAGAUGUGUCUUCUGGCCCUGAACAGGCGACCAAACCAUCAGGGUCUAUUACUAUACCAGCAGUCCCAGUAGAUACCGUGAGGCUUUGGGAGGACGGAUAUGCCGACCGGUAUUACGAACAGAAAUUUCAUCGCCCGGCCAGUGAUUUUAACUUCCGACACGAGGUAGCAAGGGCCUAUGUGGAAGGAUUAGCCUGGGUGCUUCUUUACUAUUUCCAAGGAUGCCCUUCUUGGGAAUGGUUCUACCCAUAUCAUUAUGCACCCUUUGCUGCAGACUUCAAGGAUCUCGCGAGCAUGGAAAUAUGCUUCGAAAAGGGUCGAAUAUCUAAACCAUUCGAGCAAUUGAUGAGUGUCUUACCGUCGGCAUCACGGCAUGCUCUACCUGAAGUCUUUCACCCUCUCAUGACGGAAAACGAUAGCGAAAUUAUCGAUUUCUACCCAGAGGAGUUCGAGAUCGACCUUAACGGCAAAAAAAUGUCCUGGCAAGGAGUUGCAUUGCUACCUUUUAUUGACAUGUCUCGUCUGUUGACUGCAGUACAAAGCAAAUACCCACUUCUUACUCCAGCCGAGGCUGCACGAAAUGCUCCUGGACGAGAUGUUCUCAUUCUUUCGGAUAAUAACGAGAGUCUUUAUGAUGACAUCCUGACCAAGUUUUAUUCAAAGCGACAAGGAUUUUUACGAUUCAAGUUGGAUUCUAAAGCCAGUGGCGGCCUAUCUGGGAAAAUCGAAAAGCAGGAUGGCUACGUGCCUCAUGGGGCAUUAUCUUACCCAUUAGGGAGAGGUGCUAUGCCAGAUCUGGAUUACGACCACUCUGUCAGUGUUUACUUCGACAUGCCACGGUCACACCAAAUUCACAGAUCAGUGCUGCUUCGAGGGGCUAUUUUGCCAAGCCCGACGCUUACCCCAAGUGACAUGGAAAUUAUGAGAGGCAAAGUCAUAACGGGAGGAAAUCGUGAAAUAAGGUAUGGUAGGGGUUCUGGCUAUUAUAGGCAGGAACACAGGUCUCGUGGUGGUGGUAGACAAGCUUCAUCAUACCCUGUCUGGCGUCCACCGCAUCCUGGCGGCCCGGGGUUUGGUGUAGGAAUACCUCCACCACCACCCUCCUACACGGGCGGGCGCCAUAAUUAUUAUAGUUAA